AUGGCUAACAGGGGCCCGAGCUACGGCUUAAGCCGAGAGGUGCAGGAGAAGAUCGAGCAGAAAUAUGACGCCGACCUGGAGAACAAGCUGGUGGACUGGAUCAUCCUGCAGUGCGCCGAGGACAUAGAGCAUCCGCCCCCCGGCAGGGCCCAUUUUCAGAAAUGGUUGAUGGACGGGACGGUCCUGUGCAAGCUGAUAAACAGUUUAUACCCACCGGGACAAGAGCCCAUUCCCAAGAUCUCAGAAUCAAAGAUGGCUUUUAAGCAGAUGGAGCAGAUCUCCCAGUUCCUAAAGGCUGCGGAGAUCUAUGGCGUCAGGACCACUGACAUUUUUCAGACGGUGGAUCUAUGGGAAGGGAAGGACAUGGCAGCCGUGCAGAGGACCCUGAUGGCUCUAGGCAGCGUUGCAGUCACCAAGGAUGAUGGCUGCUACCGGGGAGAGCCAUCCUGGUUUCACAGGAAAGCCCAGCAGAAUCGGAGAGGAUUUUCAGAGGAGCAGCUUCGCCAGGGACAGAACGUAAUCGGCCUGCAAAUGGGCAGCAACAAGGGAGCCUCCCAGGCGGGCAUGACCGGGUACGGGAUGCCCAGGCAGAUCAUGUGA